GGAUGACGCGUGUAUUUUCAAUACUUUCUCGUCAUUACCAGCGACAAAGUUAAAACGUCAAACAGCUGAGCGAGGUGACUGAUUGCUUGUCGUUUUGUGGCUUGCUCUUGUGUUCGUCUUUCUUGUUCAGUGAUUCAGGCAAAAUUUUGAAAAACAGUGUAUUCACCAGGUAUUCUUCAGGGUACAUACAAGCAUACUGAAUAUGAGUGAACUAAGUCAGGAGGAGAUAAGAAGACGGCGCUUAGCGCGUCUGGCCGCCCUGAGCGGAGCAGGGUCGGGGCCGUCUCCUGCGAGCCCCCCGGCCACCCCGGGCGCGUCGAUGCCGUCGCUCGACGUCGCGCCUCCCCUGUCCCGGCUGUCGCCCGCCUCCACCCCGCGAAGCUCCACGGAGCCCAGCACCCCCGACCUCAACAACGCAAACAAAGAACCCAACUAUAACAAUGAAGUCAGUAAAAGUGACGUAACAGAUCAGACGAAUAUACCAGCCGACGGUUUAAUUGUAACAGAGAAAACAGACAAUAAUUUAUUAGACGAAAUGCCCGAUACAAAGAUGACUGACCUGUCUCAGACGAGACAGUACAACAGUUUUGAUUCCAUGGGUGAGGACGCUUUGCUGAGUUGUGGCUCGGUGAGAGUGAGCAGCUUGCCCCAGUCAACGGUUGGUGGCUCAGAAGGGACGUCGACGAGAGAAGACAGCACGUCUAGGUCAAUAUCACCAGCGCAGUUUGCGGAGCCAUCUCCGGUCAGGCCGAGACCUAAUGUUUCUCCCAGUUGUUCUCGGCGGUCCCUCUCUAUGGAAGUGGAUGAUAGCUCAGAAAGAAAUUCUCAGUCAGACCAACAACAUGAGCCCAUGGAGGUUGAAGACGACUCAACAGCUUCACCAGCGCGUAAAAUUUAUCGGUCGCGAACUGUCAGCUGCACAGAACUGACAGAAGACCAAUUGCGGCAUAUUGUCGCCAAAAUUCUCCAGGUGUCCUGGUCAGAAGAUAGUGCUGGUGGAAUAUUUGUGCCAUCGGUUGCAGCAGCCUUACUUGACAAUCCUAAGUUAAGAUUAGACGAAUUAGCAUCAGAAGCAAUAAUGGACGUGAUUACUCAAAUAGCAGACGGAUCGGAUCCUCUGAAUCAGAAGCUUAUAGCAGUUUCUGAAACAUCGAAAAGACUGAGCGAAGAUUGCGGAGACGACACUCUGACGAGCGGCCCGCUUGGCUCCGAGACGGACGCCGACAAGGCGGAUUGUCCCACCCCGUCACUGCCUAUCCCCAAAACCAUCCCAACACAGGGACUUGCUGUUAGUUAUUUACUGAGAUUUUACAACAAUAUCAACCUAUACGAAAGGGAACAUCCAAAGAAGAGCUCGGAACCACCUCUUAGUGAUCUACUGCAAAAUUUAAGGACUUUAUUGGUGAAUCAUUUGGUGCUAGUGCUACAGGGUCGAUUCGAACUGGAAAAGUGCCGCAAAUCGCCCCUGCUUCCGUAUAUCCUCAUCGGGAACACGCCCAUAGGUCUGAUACCAGAAGUAUUAAUCGCCACAUACACGGAAAAGGAGGUCUUUGAGGAGGUAUUUGUGCCUCUCCUGAUGGGCAUUCGGGAAGAGAUGCGCCGCUGCGUGUCGCCGGGCGUGGGCCGCGGGCACGGCGCGGCGCUUCGGGCGCUGCGGUCGUUAUGCGACAUGCGUGCGGGCCCGCGGCACGCGCUGCGGCCCGUGUGCGCGCUCAUCGCUCGCCUGCCCAGCCUGUGUCCCGACGCCGUCACCACCGCGCCUGGCAGGGAGAUCGCGAGGGUCAGCUUCCUUGGGCCGUUCUUUGCGAUUUCCCUCUUCGCCGAGGAGAACCCGCGUCUAGCCGAACGCCUAUUCGCGAGCGGUUCCAGCGACCGCAGCCUGGCGUUCGCACUGCAACGGGAGGUGGAAGCCAGUCGCAACACGCUGCAUAACAUCUGCCACAAUAUCCUGCUGUGUCCUGAAGCUAGAGAGCCUUUCCUGAACUUCUUCGCCGCGAUACUGCAGAGGAACGAGCGACGAGCACAGUUGCAGACCGACGAGAGAUCGCUGGCUGGCGACGGCUUCAUGCUGAACGUGUGUUCGGUGCUGCAGCUGCUGUCGGUGCGCAUCAAACUGGAGCGCGUGUACCCGCUGUACACCUUCCAGCCCGGCGCCUGGGCCAACGUGCGCGACGACACGCGCCUCUACUACACCGCGCAGGAGGCGCAGGACUGGCUGGACGAGCUCAACAAAGACCCCAACCACAAGUGGCCGGAGGCGAAGUUCACGACGGUGUGCUGGUUCCUGACGCUGCACAUGCACCACGUGGCGCUCAUCCCCGCCCUGCAUACGCAUCAGCGCCGUAUACGUGCAUUCCGGGACCUACAGAAAGUGAUCGAAGAGCUGAUGGCGGCCGAGCCUCAAUGGCGCAACAGCUUCUCCGCGCUGCGCAACCGCGAGCUGCUCAGUAGAUGGCGGCGUCAAAUCAAACGCCUGCACAGGUCGAAGCAGUGCGCGGAGACAGCGCUGUUGGACGGCGACGUGAUGCGGCGCAGCAUGCAGUUCUACGCGAGCGCGUGCGCACUUCUGACCGCGCAGUUGGAGGCGGCGCGCGUCGGCACGGGCCCGCGCGCCGGCGCCUUCCGCGCCACGCCCGAGUGGUACGUCGAGGACAUCGCCGAGUUCAUGCUGUUCGCCGUCCAAUAUGAGAUGCAGAUCCAUUCGCGGUUUUGCGUGGGACUCACGUACUACAUGGAGGCGAUAUCCGGCCAGCAGUGGUACACCCAAGAUCUCUUCGAAUUCAUGCUCUUUUGCGCCGAAUACGUCCCACGGAUAGUAGCAGACUACAUUGAGGACCCGAUCAUAACGUGGCUGCUCAGCGCCAUCUGCAACUCUCACUUGAUCAAAAACCCGUAUCUGGUAGCGAAGAUAGUUGAGGUGUUGUUCGUGAUCAACCUGUCGCUGCCGUUGAAGCUGAAGAACGUCUAUGAGAAGUUCAUGGACCACCCCAUGUCGCAGACGGCGCUGCCGAGCGCGCUCAUGAAGUUCUACACAGACAUCGAGACCACCGGCCAGAGCACGGAGUUUUACGACAAGUUCACGAUCCGAUUCCACAUCAGCAUCAUCCUGAAGGGCAUGUGGGAGCGGCCUAUUCAUAAACAGGCUAUCGUGAAGGAGUCGCGCUCGGGCCGCCAGUUCGUGAAGUUUAUCAACAUGCUCAUGAAUGACACCACAUUCCUAUUAGAUGAAUGCCUUACGUACCUGAAACGCAUCCACGAGGCGCAGGAAGGCACCGCGGCGGGCGCGAGCGGCGCCACGGCCGAGGCGCGCGCGCGGGCGCUGGCGCAGGACGAGCGCCAGUGCCGCUCCUACCUCACGCUCGCCAGGGAGACGGUGGACAUGCUGGAGUACCUGACGGUGGAGAUCAAGGAGCCGUUCCUGCGCGCCGAGCUGGUGGACCGGCUCGCCUCCAUGCUCAACUUCAACCUGCAGCAGCUCUGCGGGCCCAAGUGCAAGAACCUCAAGGUCCGCCGGCCAGAGAAAUACGGGUGGGAACCGAGGCGGCUGCUCAGCCAGCUGGUCGACAUCUACCUGCACCUCGACACGCCGCAGUUCCACGCUGCGCUCGCCGCGGAUGAGAGAUCCUUCCGCAAAGAAUUAUUUGAAGAGGCCGCUAUGAGGUUGUCCAAAUCCUGUAUCAAGACAACCACCGAGAUCGAGCGCUUCAAGGCGCUCGCUGACAAUGCAUAUCAAAUCGCAGUAUCUAACCAGCAGAAGAGCGACGAAUACGCCGACGCCCCUGAGGAGUUCAGGGAUCCGUUGAUGGACACACUAAUGACUGAUCCUGUAUUAUUGCCAUCUGGAAAGGUCAUGGACCGGUCGGUGAUCCUGCGGCACCUACUCAACAGCGCCACGGACCCUUUCAACCGGCAGCCGCUCUCGGAAGACCAACUGCGUCCAGCGACCGAACUGAAAGAGAGGAUCAGUCAAUGGCAACGUGAAAAGAGGGGAUCGACAUCAUAAACACUAAGCCAACGAUUAAGUCUGAUGUAUAUAGUCUAGAACAUAUAUAAAGACUAAAAUCUGGAUAUAUCCAGCAUUUUAAAUGGACUAUUGUCCACGCGCAUGAAUGUGAGAUUAUUCUAAGUAUGUUGUAGUGUGCAGUUGAAAACGAAGGUUACGAGGCGAUCCGUAACAAAGCAUGACUCGAAGAUACUAAUCGUUUGUUCCCCGCGUGUUGGUUCACAUAGCUGCACAGUGCCGCCGAUCCGCCUUACUUUAAAAACUCUUUAAAUUAUUAAUGUUAUUAUGCAUAACACUCAAUUUUUCUGUGAUGUUAUAAUUUUAGCGUUCAUUUGGCAGCAUUUUAAUCCACACUUGAAAUCAAAAUUAUCACAUUUCAAU